AUGAAUUUACAAUUAACAAUCAAUUCAGUCAUCGAUACCAUAAUCAAAUACUCUAAACAACCGUUAGAUUGUACCUUUCAACGUAACGAAUAUCUUGCCGAGCUGCUUGAUGUCGAGUUAGUCAAUUGUGCAUUUGGCGGAGCUACAUCAGAUCUCAACCAAGAAACAAACCAGCAACCUGACGUUCCGGGACUUAAACAGCAAGUUCAAAAUUAUAUUUCAAGCAGAGCUAGAUAUGAAAAUUAUUUAUCGCAAUCACCAUUACAUAAAAAUGAAUCAGAAGAACAGCUUUCUUUAAUAAAAUCAGUCUGUAAAAAGAUGUUAAAAGAGGAAGCAUUAAAUCAGGACUGGGAAAAAAUAGGAGAAAAGUUGUUAGAAUCACCGAAAAAAUCGAGUCUUCAAAAGGAUUUGGAGAUUAAAAAUGUUAGGGAUGAAUUCAUAAAUCCUUAUGAUGGUUCCAUAAGCGGAGAUUUAGAAGGUGAAUAUUUUACUCCAGAAAAAUAUUUUUAUUGGGAUCUGAUACAUUGGAGUUCUAAGGUUCAUGAAGUUGUUGCUGCUGAUUUAUUUGAGAUAGUCAG